UUUAAUCUUCCCCUCGUCGAGCUAAAAAGUUAAAAACCUAAACAGACAAGGACACUGAGACUCAACCGUUAAAACCUGCAACUUCCAACAGCUGAACCAAUUUCUCUUACAAAAAAACCAAGAGAGAGUUUUAUUCCACUUUCUCUCUUUUACUUUCACACGCAGAGAUUUUUUUUAAUUGAAUUUCCCAAUAAGUUUUGAGCUUAACUUAAUUAUGAAGAUUGUUCGCAGAGACCUUGUUCCUGAUGGCCCUGGUAGCGUCAAGAUAAUUCCAGAAGAAGCGGAUGAUUUAUGGGUUGCCUAUAAUCUGAUAGCUGAAGGUGAUACUGUCUUAGCUGUUACUGUCAGGAAGGUUCUAAGGGAAGCUGCUUCUGGAGGAAGAGAUGCUGAACGAGUGAAACUGAAAUUGGAAGUUAAAGUUGAGAAUGUUGAGUAUGACAAAGAAGGUUCUGCCUUGCGUAUUCGUGGGAAGAAUAUCCUGGAGAAUGAACAUGUAAAGAUAGGGGCCUUUCACACUCUGGAGAUUGAGCUACACAGACCUUUUGUGCUAAGAAAGGUGGUAUGGGACUCACUGGCGCGGGAGGUUCUUCGUCAAGCUUCUGAUCCAUCUGCAAGCGCUGAUCUGGCUGUGGUUCUGAUGCAAGAAGGAUUGGCACACAUACUUCUUAUUGGUAAAAGCGUGACUAUUACUCGUUCUCGUAUAGAGACUUCUAUACCACGCAAGCAUGGACCAGCCAUUGCAGGUUAUGAUAAGGCGUUAAACAAGUUCUUUGAUAAUGUUCUACAGGCCUUUGUUAAGCAUGUUGAUUUCAAGGUAGUUCGCUGUGCUGUGAUUGCAAGUCCAGGAUUCACCAAGGAUCAGUUUCAUCGUCACCUGUUGUUGGAAGCCGAAAGGAAACAGCUAAGACCUAUAAUAGAAAAUAAGUCACGCAUAAUUCUUGUCCAUACAACCUCGGGAUACAAACAUAGUUUGAAAGAGGUUUUGGAGGCCCCAAAUGUAAUGAAUAUGAUAAAAGAUACAAAAGCUGCCAAAGAGGUCCAAGCCCUAAAGGAAUUUUUCGCCAUGCUUUCAAAUGAUCCUGACCGUGCAUGCUACGGACCAAAGCAUGUUGAAGUUGCUCAUGAACGAAUGGCUGUCCAGACACUUCUCAUUACUGACGAGCUCUUUAGGAGUUCUGAUGUAGCAACGAGGAAAAAGUAUGCUAAUCUGGUUGAUUCAGUCAAGGAUUCAGGUGGUACUGCUCUCAUUUUCUCGUCAAUGCAUGUUUCAGGAGAACAACUGGCACAGAUAACUGGCAUUGCUGCGAUCCUUCGUUUUCCUUUGCCGGAACUGGAAGAUAUAGAGAUGUGAAUGAAGAAAGGCCGUUCGUGGGUAAUGUUAUAUUUACACUCCUAAAAAUGCCAUACACACCAGAACAGACUAUUCACUAUAGAAAGAGCGAGAAACUGAAGCUGUAAUCAUUCUUAGGAAUGGAGAUGGCCGUGUUGUUGUACAUCCAAAUUUUGUCUUUUUUAUUAACUAAAAUGUAAUGUAUCGUUGCCUGUUGAGAUGUACUAUACCAUUGUAGCGGUAUUUUUCAUCGCAGGUUUCUGCUUAUAGGAGCCCCAUUUUAAUGUAUUCACUUCUUUCAUGUUCAAUUAGAAUAUCUUUAUUCAGUGGUGCGCUGAUGUAACAAGUCUUUGGACUCUUGAUUGUUAAGUGAAGUUCUCUUGUUAUUGACAGCUGCUCUGGUUUUGCUGU